AUGGCAUUACAAAGAUUUCUUGUUGCUUUUGUAGUUGUUUCUGUGCUAUUUUCAUGUGUGAAUGCCCUUAGCUCCAAUUACUAUGAUAAAACUUGUCCCAAGGCGGAGUCCACCAUCACACAAGUUGUAAAAAAAGCAAUGUCAAGUGAUAAAACAGUUCCAGCUGCUCUUUUAAGGAUGCAUUUCCAUGAUUGUUUCGUUAGGGGUUGUGACGGUUCUGUGUUGCUGAAUUCGACAAAAAACAACCAAGCAGAGAAGGAUGGACCUCCUAACAUUUCACUACAUGCUUUUCAUGUUAUUGAUACUGCUAAGAAAGAAAUCGAAAAUAUGUGUCCAGGAGUUGUCUCCUGUGCUGAUAUUUUGGCUGUCGCAGCCAGAGAUGCUGUUACUCUUUCUGGAGGACCUACUUGGGCCGUGCCAAAAGGUAGAAAAGAUGGACGAAUUUCUAAGGCUAGUGAAACAAGACAAUUACCUGGUCCAACUUUCAACAUCUCUCAAUUGCAACAAAGCUUCUCCCAGAGAGGCCUUUCUUUGGAUGAUUUAGUGGCACUUUCAGGAGGACACACUCUUGGAUUUUCUCAUUGUUCAUCCUUCGAAAACAGAAUCCACAACUUCGAUAAGAAAAACGAUGUCGAUCCAACACUAGAUGUAUCAUUUGCAGCUAAUUUAAAGAAAGUAUGCCCCGUUAAAAACACAAUGAAAAAUGCAGGGUCCACAUUGGAUACUACGACAUUUUUAUUCGAUAACGUAUAUUACAAGUUAGUAAUGAAGAAGAAGGGUAUUUUCUCUUCGGAUUCGACGUUGCUCACAAAUUCAAGGGCCAAAACACUUGUUUCAAAUUUUGCCACUUCCCAAAAUGAGUUCUUUAAAGCUUUUGCUAGUUCAAUGAUCAAAAUGAGCAGUAUCAGUGGUUCUGCUCAAGAAAUAAGGCAUGAUUGCAGAUUUGUUAAUUAAAUGAAGUUGCCUUUAUUAUGGAGCAUUUUACCGUCCAAUAUAGGAUUUCUCGGCAUGAAUUCGGAUUUAACCAGGCUCAUUGCAAGUAUCGAAUGCCGGGUGAAAAAUAAAAGAAAUAGGUGAUGAACCUGUCU